UGGUUUCAGUGACACGGGAAAUCAGAGCACCUUGCGAAGCUUUCUACAAACGCAAGCAUUUUUCGUUUUGUUUUCGCUCUCCCGUUGCAAAGCGCGCACGGCGCGUCUGUUGGAGUCAUUUGUGAUUCUUACUGUUAGUAUAAAUCCCACUUUCCCCGAAUUAGAAAUAAAAGCACCAGGUCGGGGAGCGGCUUAAAGCCUAGGGGCGGAGAUCUUGACACCAACUUUACACCUGAGUGAAAGGUCGCUGCAGAAAAGCAGGAAAAAUGGCGACUAAUGGAGACAUCGCUUCGCUAAUGUCCAAUGUGGAUGGUAACUAAAGCGGCUGGGGGGUGGCCACACGUCCAUCUUCCCAUUGCUUCAGCAGCAGGAGGAAGAAGGCAGACAAAGUACAGAUCGACAUGUCAGCCUCGGAACUUUACAGCAAGUAUACGAAAAUUUGGAUCCCUGAUCCAGAGGAUGUUUGGAAAUCAGCAGAAAUCACCAAGGAUUACAAAGAUGGUGAUGAAGUCCUACAUCUUAAACUGGAAGAUGAAAUGCCAUUUGAGUAUUCCAUCGACUCAAAUGCAGAGCGGUUACCUUUCCUGCGUAAUCCAGAUAUACUAGUUGGCGAGAAUGACCUGACAGCUCUCAGUUACCUUCAUGAACCUGCAGUACUCCAUAACCUAAAGGUCCGAUUUCUGGAGUCCAAUGCCAUAUAUACGUAUUGCGGUAUUGUCCUAGUUGCUAUCAAUCCUUAUGAACAGUUGCCAAUUUAUGGAGAAGAUGUCAUUCAUGCCUACAGUGGACAGAACAUGGGGGACAUGGAUCCUCAUAUCUUUGCAGUUGCCGAGGAAGCCUACAAACAAAUGGCAAGGGAUGAGAAGAAUCAAUCUAUUAUUGUAAGUGGGGAGUCUGGAGCUGGAAAAACAGUGUCUGCUAAGUAUGCCAUGCGCUAUUUUGCUACUGUUGGUGGAUCAGCCAGUGAAGCAAAUGUUGAAGACAAGGUACUGGCUUCAAGUCCAAUUAUGGAGGCCAUUGGUAAUGCUAAAACAACAAGGAAUGAUAACAGCAGCCGCUUUGGAAAAUAUAUCCAAAUUGGUUUUGACCGACAAUAUUACAUAAUUGGUGCCAAUAUGCGAACUUAUCUGUUAGAAAAGUCAAGAGUGGUUUUCCAGGCAGAAGAUGAGCGUAACUACCAUAUCUUCUACCAAUUGUGUGCUUCGGCCAAUCGACCUGAUUUCAAAGAACUGAACCUAAGCAGCGCAGAAGACUAUUUUUAUGCCACACAGGGCGGUAACACAGAAAUAGACGGAGUUAAUGAUGCUGAGGAUUUUGAGAAGACAUGGAAUGCUUUCACAUUACUUGGUGUAAAGGAUGCACACCAGAUGAACAUUUACAGAGUAAUUGCUUCAAUUCUGCACCUCGGAAAUGUUGAAAUAGUGUCAGAAAGAGAUGUCGACACUUGUGGUAUUGCUAAAAACGAUGAGCACUUGAACUAUUUCUGUGAUCUGCUGGGAAUAGAGCACGAUCAAAUGGAGCACUGGCUGUGUCACCGCAAGCUUGUCACGACCUCGGAGACUUAUGUCAAAACUAUGUCCAAGCAGCAUGCCAUCAAUGCCAGAAAUGCCCUGGCCAAGCACAUCUACGCCCAACUCUUCAACUGGAUUGUGGAACACAUCAACAAAGCGCUGUACACAACCAGCAAACAGCAUUCAUUCAUUGGAGUAUUGGAUAUUUACGGGUUUGAAACAUUUGAAAUUAAUAGUUUUGAACAGUUUUGCAUCAAUUAUGCCAAUGAAAAAUUGCAGCAGCAAUUUAACCUGCAUGUCUUCAAACUGGAACAGGAAGAAUAUAUGAAGGAGCAAAUACCAUGGACUCUCAUUGAUUUCUCUGACAACCAGCCAUGCAUUGAUCUUAUUGAGGCAAAAUUGGGUAUUUUAGAUCUGCUGGAUGAGGAAUGCAAGAUGCCAAAAGGGACAGACCAGAGCUGGGCCCAGAAGCUCUAUGACCGCCAUUCAAGCAGCCUGCAUUUUCAGAAGCCCCGGAUGUCCAAUACGGCCUUUGUUGUUAUACAUUUUGCUGAUAAGGUGGAGUAUCAGUGUGAUGGCUUCCUGGAGAAAAACCGCGACACAGUACACGAAGAACAGAUCAACAUACUGAAGGCCAGCAAGUAUCAGCUAGUAGCUGAUCUCUUCCAGGAAGAGAAGGAACCUGCUACUUCCAACACGAAGACAAAGACUUCUAAAAUAACUGUUCGACCUCUCAAACCUGCCAUGAAAGCACCCAAUAAAGAGCACAAGAAAACAGUUGGACAUCAGUUUCGGAACUCUUUGCAAUUACUCAUGGAAACCUUGAAUGCUACAACACCACACUAUGUACGCUGCAUCAAGCCAAAUGAUGAGAAAUCUGCAUUCUCGUUUGAUCCCAGGCGCGCUGUACAGCAACUUCGGGCCUGUGGUGUGUUAGAGACUAUUCGUAUCAGUGCUGCGGGUUACCCAUCAAGGUGGACGUACCAUGAAUUCUUCGACCGAUAUAGAGUCCUAAUGACCAAGAAGAAUAUAUUAAACGAUAAGAAAGAGACUUGUAAGAGACUUCUUGAAAUCGUUAUCAAGGAUCCUGAUAAAUUCCAGUUUGGCCGAUCCAAAAUCUUCUUCCGUGCUGGUCAGGUGGCAUAUUUGGAGAAACUGCGAGCAGAUAAGUUCCGAGCUGCGUGUAUGAUGAUACAGAAGACUGUUCGCGGUUGGUUACAGAGAAUUAAGUAUAGACGGAUGAAGAAGGCUGCUAUCACUAUUCAGAAACAUGUUCGGGGCUAUCAAGCUCGCAGAUUGGUGGAUUUGUUGCGAAAAACAAGAGCCGCAGUCAUUUUUCAGAAGCAGUAUAGGAUGCUUGUUGUGCGAAGGAAGUAUCUGCAUAUCCGCAAUGCAGCCAUCACAAUUCAGGCUUACACUCGUGGAAGGUUUGUCAGGCAGGUGUACCAUGAGUUGCUACACCAGCACAAAGCCAGAAUUAUCCAGAAGUACGUAAGGGGCUGGAUCGCCCGAAAGAGGUUCUCCAGGAUACGCAAUGCGGUCAUCUAUCUCCAGUGCUGCUAUCGGCGCAUGAAGGCACGCCGUGAGUUAAAGACAUUGAAGAUUGAAGCAAGGUCAGUAGAACACUACAAGAAGCUCACCAGUGGGAUGGAAAAUAAAGUGGUUCAGCUUCAAAGAAAGGUAGAUGUUCAGAACAAGGAGCACAAGGCAAUGACUGAGCAGAUGACGGCAGUGACCACCGCACAAGCUACUGAAAUCAACAGACUGAACAAGGAGUUGGACCGAUGGCGUGAACAGCAAGGUGACAAGAGCCGAGAAACUAGUUUACAAGAGGAAAUUGAGAAACUCCGUGAGGAACUUGGGAAAUCCCAGAAUGAACGCAAAAUCCUGGAAGACACUUACACCAGAGAAAAAGCAGAUCUUCAGCAGCGUGUACUAGAUUUGGAGAAAGAGAACACACUGCUGAAGGAUGAGAAAGACAAACUGAACCAGAGCAUCAAGAAUGAGUCGAAAGAUGUCGCAGAAAAACUCUCUCUGAAGACAGCAAAGGAAAGUGAGCGGGCGAAGGAGCUGGAAGAAGAGCGGUCUCGUUAUCAAAACCUCCUGAAAGAGUAUUCCCGUCUGGAGCAGCGCUACGAUAAUCUGCAGGAGGAAGUAAAUCUAAUUAAGCACACUCCAGGCCACAGGAGAAACCCAUCCAAUCAAAGCAGUCUUGGAUCUGAUUCCAACUACCCUUCCAUUUCAACAUCUGAGGUUGGGGAUACAGAGGAUGCAGUGCAGCUGGUGGAGGAAGCUGGCUUGGAGAACGCUGCCAUGGAUAUGACUAUAUUCUUGAAACUACAGAAACGAGUGCGGGAACUAGAGCAGGAAAGAAAGUUGCUGCGUGCAGAAAUUGAGCGAAAAGAAGCAGCAGAAGCAGAAAAGAAGGAACACAACAACAUCCCGGCGAAUGAGCAAGCAGCAGAUUUGGCUUACAACAGUUUAAAGCGACAAGAGCUAGAAUCUGAAAAUAAGAAGCUGAAAAAUGAACUUAAUGAGCUAAGAAAAGCCAUUGCAGACAAGGCAACCGGGGAGAAUUCAACGAAUGAUGUAGAUAAUGCAUACAGUGUGCUGCUAAAUCAGCUGAGGGUGGCCAAUGAGGAGCUGGAGGUGCGCAAGGAGGAAGUUCUCUUGCUCAGAACUCAAAUUGUUGAUGCUGCUCGUCAGAAGGAAGUGGUGGGAAGCAUGGCUAAUUUGACUGAGAAGUAUGAGUGGAAAAGAAGUGAUGAAAACACUGAGAAAGAUGAUGUCAUUGAGGCUUACAAUGGUAUAUGUGAAACCAAUAGCCAGGCUGAGGACUGGCGAUACCUCAAUGAAGAUGGCGAACUAGGUCUAGCAUAUCAAGGCCUAAAGGAAGUUGCCAGGCUGCUGGAGGCACAGUUGCAGUCUCAGGUGAGACAACAUGAGGAAGAAGUGGGAAGAAUGCAGACUCAGAUUGAGGUUCUGAAGGAGGAUUUGGAAAAGCAACAGCAGGUCAUCUCACAGACGCUCCAGAUGUCUCCAGAAGCACGCAUUGAGUAUAAUGUGCAACAGGAGAUCACACGCCUCACCAAUGAGAACCUGGACCUUAAAGAACUAGUAGAGAAACAGGAAAAGAAUGAGAAGAAGCUGAAGAAGCAACUCAAGCUCCACAUGAAGAAAGUUCAAGAGCUUGAAGCACGGAACCUAGUGCAGAAGGAAUCAAGACCUGAGCUAACCAGACAGGUCACCGUGCAACGGAAAGAGAAGGAGUUCCAGGGAAUGUUGGAAUACCACAAGGACGAUGAAUCCCAGCUUAUUCGCAACCUCAUCACAGACCUGAAGCCUCAAGCAGUAUCUGCCACUGUGCCAGGCCUGCCUGCAUACAUCCUUUUUAUGUGCCUUAGACAUGCAGAUUACAUCAAUGAUGACCAGAAGGUUCACUCACUCCUCUCCAGUACCAUCAAUGGCAUCAAGAAAGUGUUAAAGAAACAUAACGAUGACUUUGAAAUAACGUCAUUUUGGUUGUCCAACAGUAGUCGCCUCCUACACUGUCUAAAACAAUACAGUGGAGAUGACGAUUUUAUGAAGCAGAAUAAUACACGUCAGAAUGAGCACAGCCUCAAGAACUUUGACCUCACAGAGUAUCGUCAGCUUCUAAGUGAUCUCUCUAUUCAGAUCUAUCAACAACUGAUUAAGAUUGCAGAAAGUCUUCUUCAAACCAUGAUAGUAUCUGCAAUGCUGGAAAAUGAGACCAUUCAGGGGCUGUCCAGUGUGAAACCCAUGGGCUACAGGAAGCGUUCUUCCAGCCGGGUGGAUGGAGACAGCAGCUAUACUCUAGAGGCCAUGGUACGCCAGCUUAACCUGUUGAACAACACCAUGUGUGAGCAUGGCCUAGAUCCUGAGAUUAUCCAGCAGGUCUUUCGGCAACUUUUCUACAUCAUCAAUGCUGUUACACUUAACAAUCUGCUCCUGAGGAAGGAUGUGUGCUCAUGGAGUACUGGAAUGCAGCUCAGGUACAACAUCAGUCAGUUAGAAGAGUGGCUCCGAGGAAAAAAUUUACAUCAGAGUGGGACCAUGAAGACGAUGGAGCCUCUAAUCCAGGCAGCUCAGCUGCUUCAAGUUAAAAAGAAAACAAGUGAUGACGCUGCGGCCAUCUGUUCAAUGUGUACUGAUCUUACCCCACAGCAGAUUGUCAAGAUUUUAAACCUUUACACACCAGUGAAUGAAUUUGAAGAACGUGUGACAGUAGCCUUCAUUAGAAAUAUUCAGUCCUGUUUACAAGACCGCAAUGAACCACCUCAACUUUUAAUGGACUUCAAACACAUGUUUCCUGUAAUCUUUCCAUACAAUCCUUCUGCACUCAACCUGGAUACCAUUCACAUGCCAGCAAAUUUGAACUUAACUUUCCUCAACAGAGUAUAGAACAAAGUUGGGUAUCGGUGAAAGGAGGAGCGGAGAGAGACCGUGUCAGGAUCUUGGAUAAUUGCUGUAUUUCUGUCAAAAGCUAUUAUGGAAAGAAGUAAUUGCACAAGACCUAUUCGAAAAGAAGCAGAAUUGAUCUGGCACCACGACUUAAAAAUAUGUCUUCAAGAGGUCAUUUGAGAAGCAAUCAGAGGGAACAACUAGGAUUUCAAGUGAUAGGCCAUGGUUUGUUUUUAUAAGUUAAAAGCCAAUGACUAUUUAUUGUGACAGAUGUUUUAAAGAAAAAAAAGGUAUUUGUAAUCAAAAGAGAGCACUGGGAUUCAUGUGCUUUCUGCAUAUUUAACAGCUCAAGUCUGCAUUCAUUAUGCUUCUUUGCAAAGUUCAAGCACGAACUGAAAUCUUUCUUUUGUAUUCGUAGCCAGAGUGGGAACAUUCUAGGUAAAUAAUGAUAUGUAUAGAUAAAAGAAAAUGACUGGAAAAUACAGUCAGGGAGGGGCUUUGAUUCUGUUCAAUGUGUGCAACCAGUUUGAAGCUGGUAUCACCUUUCUGCUAGAUGCAUAAAUAAUUCCUCUUUGCAAAUACAACUGAGGACUUGUUUUAAGAUUUGUGUAAUUUUAUUAUUUCAGUUAAUUAUAGUGUUCUAUCCUUAUUUGUUUGUUUCUUGAACUGAGAGAUUUUGAGCUGGUUGCUUAAUACUUACAUUGUGGACUUGACUCAAAAAAAAGAACAGCUUAGCUUUGGAUUGUGUUUGACUUAUUGGGGAGUCGGUCAGCUCAGUUGGCUGGUUUGCGAUGCAGUGUGAUACCAACAGCAUGGGUUCAAUUCCAGUACCUGCUGAGGUCACCAUGAAGGUCCUACCUUCUUGACCUUGCCCUUCACCUGAGGCAUGGUGUCUGUCAGAUUAAAUUCACCACCAGUCAUCUCUUUCUCGAAUGAGAGACAAGCACCAUGGUCCUCUGGGACUUUGGCAACUUUACCUUCCCCUGUUGGCCUCAUUUCAAAUAUAUAUUUGGAAAUGCUGUGCAUAGCCCCUUGAAACAAUGCCAUUUAACCAUAUUGAAAAUUUUAGUUUAUUACAGUGCCCAAUUGAAGUCUAAAUUGUUUAAUCAUUAAGAUAACAGCACAACAUUCCUGGUGCUCCUGCUUCUUGUGGAUAACAAAUAAACUAGUUUUAUACCUGUUAGGGAAUUGUAAUUUGCAGAAACCUGAACACAUUGAAAAGUCAAGAUGAUAAUGUGCAUUAAUUGUAAAAUAUUAACACUGAUGCAUAACAGAACUACUUUCUUAAUUAGUCUUCCACUGCUGAUACGGCAGAACCUCACUGAACAUUUAAACCCAGCAAACAUUUUGAUUUAGAUUGGAUAUGCAUUGCUUGUUGUUAAUGGUCCAUUACCUUUGGAUUUAUACUUUCCUCUACAUCUCCUUUCACUAGGGAGACUCCAUGUGUCUGUACACCCGUUGGCUGAAAUUUGAAUUUCAGGGGUUCAAAAUUGAACGUUGGAAUUAAAUCUCUCACAAAAUUGAUGUGUAGUUAUUAUCAAUCUCAAAUUUCUAUUUAGCAGUCACAUUAAUGACUAAUAUCAAGAUGAUUGAUUAUUCUUACCCACAAAUACAGUUGCAAAAUUAGCAUAUUGAUCUGUAGUACGAACGUCGUUAAUUUUCCUGAGUUGGAACCAAAUGAAAUUACUUUCUCCCUUUAACCGCUGAUCCACAUUGUAUGAAUCCAAGUGCUCUGUUUCAAUACAAAAUUUCAGUGUUUCCACUGACUACGUAAGUACAAACAAGACAUCAGAUCCUCAAAUGCGUCAUCUCCUCUUCCGUGUUGUUCUUGGCUAGUUUUCUUAUCUUCAUCCCAGAGAAAUGAAAUGGAAACAGUGAAGUGGGAAAGUUUUCAACCACUCCAUUGGUGAGCACUAUUUAAAACAACUAUGGUUAGGAAAGACAAUGUACAUUAAUAUAAUAGAAUGUUACAUUAUCUUGGAUAGAUUGGUGUAAUUUUUCUUUAAUAAAUUUUUAAUUCAGAUGGUCAUAUAUGGCUGAAGAUAGUCAUUCAUUUUUGAUUUAGAUUCAUAGAAUUGAAAUUGGACUGGGCAUAUAACCUAAAUAGGUACAACAAAUAUUUGAUUAAGAUGCAUGAAAAACUGUAGCAGUUUCGACAUUAUGCUCUGAUGUGGUCAAAAGAGAAGAAUUAAGUACAAAAGUAGCAAUUAAAGACACUCUGCCCAAGGACAGUAAUUAUAUUGUUCAAAAUCUGACCGCUGUGCUGUGCCUUGCUUGCAACAUGACUCAUUUAUCACAAUGGGAUUAUUGUCAAAUGAACUGGAGUUCUCAUGACUGGUUGUGUAAUUGUACCAUCUGCCAUGCUGAUACAGGUUGUGUUCAAUCUCUGAUUUACUCAGACAAUCUCAACCAAAGACAACUACAGCCAGAGAGUGAUGAAUCUAUGGAAUUCAUGCCACAGAACGCUGUGGAGGCCAGGUCAUUGAGUACAUUUAAGACUGAGAUAGAUAGGUUCUUGAUGAUCAAGGGUUACAGGGAGAAAGCAUGAGAAUGGGGUUGAGGAACUUAUCAGCCAUGAUUGAAUGGCAGAGCAGACUCAGUGAGCCAAAUGGUCUAAUUUCUGCUCUUAACGUCUUGUGGUCAAAGGCAGUGGAGGUACUAGGAAGAGUUAAAACUCAGCUUGGUUUUGCCUUGCUAAUAGUCAGUGAUCCUGGUCAAAAUUGUGUGCAAGAGAUGUCCCUCGUUGUCAAUUAGUUUUGUCCUUUCACGAUCUGGGCUGACACAUGGUGAACGGCCACACAGCAAAAGCACUGCAAGGCUGUUUGCACUUAUCCUUUCUGAGAAUUUAGUAAGUUGUGAUCUGAACUGUGCUACCAAAAAAGAUAGUGGGAAAGGUUCAAUAGCAACUCGAGGAAUUGGAAAUAUACUUGAAAAGAAAAAAAGUACAGCUAAGUGUUAGAGAAAGAUAGUAGGAUUAAUUGAGUCAGUUGUUUCUCAAAAACCAGCGAAGUUAGGCUGAAGGACCUUCUUGCUGGAAGAUAUAAGAUUUAUAUAAUUUUUUUAGACAAGGAAAGACGAAGCAGUCAGCAGUUCCAUUCUUUUUCAUAUACUUCACUUUCAUUUAUGCAUCUCACCUUAAAUCUAAAUCCUUCCAGGUAAGUUACACUACCAGAUGAGGCAUGAUCCAAAUAUAUAAAGUAUUAAAGCCUUGCAUGUCGAAUGGUGAUCAUGAAAUAUGGUCAUUAUACAUACAUAGGCCACACCCCCCAACAAAAAACCGGUCAGGCUGCUCAAUGAUGAUGUACCACUGGGUAUUAAAGAGCACAAGGAGCUUUCAGUGCACUUCUACAGGAUGAUCCAGAAUGGAGACAGAGCACUUUCAUUGUAAACUCUUCCCUCCAAGUUCAGCCACUGAGUUGUAUAAUGUGCCUCAGUUUCAUUUCUGAAUGAUUUUGAAGUUGUUUAAGUGUUGGGUAUAAUGAGACACUUGUGACCAGAACAUUCCAUUGAAUUAACAUUUGACGAUACAAUGAUAAACUGAAAUUGAGCUAAUCAUUGCAGGUUUAUUUAAUUUUAAUCUGGAUGUAUUUGUUUCCUUAUCAACUUGAAGUUGGAAUUAUUCUUUAAAUGGAUCUAAACAAAUACAGUGGGCAGAAAUCCACAUCCCUAUAGAGACACAUACAAUGGUCUCACUAUCAACACCCUUGCUCUGUUUCUACUGACCUCACCCUGGGCCUCAUCUUUGCUACCUACCCCAAAAUCUCUAAUUUACCUGGGGACGGAUUCUUGGACUUAAACUCUGGAGACUGUUUGCAGUUCCAUUCCUCUCUACUGCAGCUUUUGUUGCUGCUAAGACUCCACCUGAGUAAGGGGUGGAAGUCUGAUCUCUGACCAAUUAAUAUUCCUUGAAGCAGUGUCACUAACUCUACAAAUGGUGGGAAGGGAAACCUCACCAUCCUAAAAAUCCUAGCCAAUAAAUCAAAGGAGCUAUCUAGCUUGAUGCUACAUAACGAACAUGACAAAAUGAAUUAACUUUCUUAAACUUAUUAUGUGUUCCCAUGCACUUGGAAUGUUGUAACAGUGGUGGAUCAGAUUUUUGCAACUUUAGGCUGCUGACCCUUCCCAGAAGAUAUUCUUAGGUUUAAUAUCUUUAUGAAAAUGUAACACUUCCUUGUACUUGAAGAGGAACAACCAAGUGGCAUCAUAGUUAUAAUGACCCAUUUAAUCAGUAUUUAUAUCAAUACACAGUAUCUGCAACUAGCCAAGGAUAGACAUUCUUAAGGAGAGUCUCAAAUUCAUUAGGAACAAAGCAUAUUUCAAAGUUGUUGUGUAAUUCAUAAUGUGCACAAGGUUUGGCACAAGUAAUUAAAUCUGGUGCCAUUCUAGACCUGAGGUUUAGGCUUUAGACUCUGUGGUUCUUGGAUUUUCUGAUGUAGAGGAAUUUCAGAUUUAAGUAUUUUACGAUUGCCCCCAUUUAUUUUAAUGGAAAAUUGAGAAUUUAUGUAUUGCAUGAAUAGUUUUAAAAUAAUUUGCAAUAAGUAAAACUGUAAACAACCACAAGGCAUUCAUGUUUUUAGCCUUGAAUAAAUGAAGCUGAUAGAGGACUUGAUAUAACUGUACAGUAAUUUAUCAAAGCUGUUUUACAUUGAUCAGUAUACUUGAACACAUCAAUCUGAGUUUAGUCUGGGUGGUUGGAUAAUUAAGAUGUUUAUAUAAUGAGUAUUGAAUAGAGGAAGAAUCGCUUCUCCCUUCCUUGAUGACUCAAAAUCAAUAGGAAAAAAUGUAUCCCUGGGAAUGUUUAUUGGGGUGAACUUUAUAGGCCUUCAUGAUAUUUGUGCAAAAAAAGGACCAUGAUUUUUGAAAAAAAAUUUGUUAAUCAAAACACAAUCGUCCCUCCCUUCCAAGAUUUCUAUCUCCAGUAUUGGUAACAUUUGGUACAGUUGGCUGAUUAUUGGUCAAUAAUGUACUGCUGUUAAGUGAAAUAUAAAAUGCUUCUGAUUAAGACCGUAACAAACUAAUUAUGUGCAACCAAUAAAUAGUAAAAUGUAAAAACGAGCAAUGAUGAAUAUUCUGAUCAAAGUAAUUUUUACAUUUUGAAAAACUGUAAAACUACAUGCUUUAUUAUAACAAUUAGUUUUAAAUAGAGA